AUGAUAGAGCAGAGAUGGCCAACAACUGUCAGAAAUAGCUCAAUUCAACAUCAUCCGUUGCAUCAUCACAUCGUCACGUCUUCUUCCGGACAUCCCAGUUACAGAAGUCAUUCCAUUGACGCUGUGGUUAAUCGAAGCUCAUCAGCCUACUUCCAACACUCACCACACCGCCCAUCUUAUCCGAAUCGAAACCAUCCAGACUAUCCGAUUUGUGGAGUUUCACCGGCCAGACAUCUUUCAUAUAAUCAUUUUUAUAAUCAAUCCGCCGCUGAAAUCGAAGAAAUGCUACGCACUCGUCAAUUCCCGGAGAUCGCUGGGAUCUACGGAAACGAUGAGCAACCAGCUCUGAGAAGAUUCACCCGAUAUAAUCAAUCGAUAAACUCAAAAUCAGUCCCUCCACCAGCUCCACCGAAUCCACCAAAAAUGGAGAAAGACACUGCAAAGGACAUUGGAAAUCCAAGAGGGUCCAUUUUUUCUAAAAGCUCGAAGAAGCCAUUAUUCUUCAUGGGUAACUGGACAUUCCGUGAAAGAAACAAGUCAGCACGUCCAUCAAUAAGUGAAGCAUUACGAGAAGAACGUCCACAAAGUAUGAAUCUGACUGAUAUCCGAACAGGAGUCCGAAGUAAAUCUGGAGAAGUCUUGGGACCGAGAAAUCAUAUUCAUUCGGUUGAAUUUCCGAGAAAUAUUGAGACGAGGGUGCCGGUGAAGAUUGAGAGAAGUUCAAUGGUUAAGAGGAAACCAUCGAAUUUAUGUGCAUCGACAGAGGUCUCGAUUACUAGUAGCAGUCCGAGUCCAUCAUCUUCAUCGUCUGCUUCUGUUGGCGAGUUUAAGACCACAAUCACUGUAGACGACGACCAUCAGACAACUGCCAUAAUGAGACCAAAAAAGGAAACGGAAUCAUCUGGAACAGUGAACAACAAUCGAUACAGCUUCCAGUCAUGUGUGCAACUCCGAAAGUCAUGCCCUGAUCUUGACAGUACUGCAAUGAGUAACAUGGAACAACAUCGAGUAUCAAAGAAGAGAACACGUCGAGCGAAAGAGAAAAUGUCACUGGCUGCAUGGAAGAGAAAAACAGUGAAAGAAUGGACUUUGGAUGAUGUUCUCUUAUGGUUACAGUCGGCACAGAUGGAUGAUGUUGCUGGAUUAUUGAUUGGUUAUGAUCUGCGAGGAGAGGAUUUAUUACAGUGGAAUGAUCAGACGUUGGCGCAACUUGGUGUCUCUGACUCAGAAACUCGACAAAACUUGCUUUCCGAACUCGAAAAAAUAAUCAAAAAUGGUCCGGAAACACCUCAAGAUGAUCCACGAAACAACCACAAGACACUAUUUGAUAUCGUGAAACAGACCAGUUAUGAUCAGGUUCUGGCUGUGGAGACUCCAUUGACGACAAGAGACAUUACAGUAACCCAUGGAAGGUUAGGAUGUCUUCAGAUUACCAAAGUCAAUGGAGCGAACUUGCCAUUGAAAGAACAUGAUUGUCUUCUGGAAAUCAAUGAACGUGCCGGAGAGCAAUUCAAAAGUGCUCUGAUGCUCACAAAACUGAUAUCUGAUUCCAAUGGAUCAGCCAUCCGAUUCGUCGUUCUACGCAGAAAAACUGACACGAUUUUAGAUGAAACUCAACAGAAGGAAUCAUCAAGUAGUGGAAUAUCUUCGUCACCUCAGACACCAACAGAAUAA